UUCAAAUUCAAAUCACUCACUCCCUUCCAUUGAGAAACUCCACCGCCCCUUUUUAGUAUUACCUAAUUACCUAAUUCCGUCCGUGUCCACCGCCGUUCCACCGCCGUUCCACCGCAAUGUCGAACUACGAGUACCCGAGGCUACCGAGGAAGGAAAUAGUUCAAGUCUUAUCCCAAUUUGGAAUAGCAUCUGUCACCGAGAAUGAAAUCUCUAACCCUAAAUCCGUUGUUGUUUUGGAUCUCUACACUCGUAUCCUGAACCAUCUCGAUUUUCUCCCUGAGGAAGACAAUGACCAACUUCAGUUCGAUUCGUUAGAGCGUCUUGAGAAUCCUGAUCUUCACCUUGGAUCAGUUCGCGUUAUCAAGAUUUACCACAAGAUCAAACAAAUGCUCACCGCUCUUGAAUGUCCGAACAAGUUCACAUUUAACAUGGCCGAUCUUGUCAAGCCUGAUCCUCAUCGAACCGAGUUCUUCCUUGGCGCUCUUCUCAAUUUCUGUCUCUACAGGGAUUCGAGAAUGAAUUCCAUAUCACCAAUUGUUGACGAAUUCAACGAUUUAGAACAGAAAAUAUUGGACAUUGAAAAUACCAAGAUAGUCCAGUUGAAAUUGGCGAUUGCUGAAAUCAAAGAAGCCAGGGAAAGAGAUAUGCCUUCUGUUCAGGAAGUGGACUCAAAAGUGAAUGAGCUGCGUCAAACGAUCUCAAACCUGAACAACAAACAGAUGUCUCUGAGGACUACUCUAAAGAAGUUGAAGGAGAAAAAUGUGGAAAUGGAUGAUAAGAUUUCUGGUGCUGAAUUUAGACUGGUACAAAAUGUUCAAGAGAAUGGAAAUCUACUGUCAAAGAUUGUCCAAUCACCUAAUAAAGUACAGAGGGCUUUAGAGGAAAAGAAGUUAGCUCGAGAGGUGGCAAGAAAUGCUGAAAGAUUAGCCAUGCACACUUUCCAUGAGAAGACUUCCCAUGUUGAAGUUUUAUCCAAGGUUCACAAAAAAAUGUCAAAACACUACAGGCAGAUGCAGGCUAUACAAGAACAGGUGAGUUCUUCUAAAUCUGUUGAAAAGGAUCUCAAAGCAAUAAAAGCUAAACUUGGCGAUGAAGAAGUACUGGAGAAGUCACUUGAUGUCAAAUUGGUUGAAAUGCAAAGUAAAGUCGAGCAUCUGGAAGGGUCGAAGAAGCAGUUGGAGAAAGAAUGCAGUUCUGUGACCGAGGAAGGAACUAAAUAUCUAAGCAGUAAAAAAUCAGAGGUGGAAUCAAAGAGACUUGUCAUUGAAACUAGACAGAGAAAUGUUGAGGCUAUGUUAUCAAAGGUGGAUGCUGUAAAUAGUACAAUAACCUCGGUUAAAGAAUCUGCAACAGUUAAAGUGGACCAGUUAGAUGGUAAACGCAGAGAGAUAGUCGAAGAGUUUCACAAGUAUUCCAAUUCGAUUGCACAUGUGGUUGAAUCUGGGCUAAAGGAUGCAACCAUUAAAGGAGCUGGGUUUGACAAUUAGGGUUCCCGAAUAAUUGUGGACUAGACUUGCGCUUCAAUGUUGAGCACAUUAUCAACAAAACACUGGUUGAAAUCAGUUUUAUUUAUUUUCGUUUGUUAACAUAUAUGUCUAAAUUUGUAUAUAUAACUGUUAUGCUUGAUAGAUGUUCAAAUUAUUGUAUAUGUAACUGUUAUUUUCCUUUGAUAAGACAUUUCAGAGGUUUGUUUUUUGCUCAAA